AUGGCGUCGCCAGUGACGUCCGUUUCCCGCUUGAUGCGGUCAGCUCCCCUCUGUGUCCAUCAUCGACGCCUUCCUGCGACCACUCUACGAUUUCCUCCUCGUCGCUUGGUUCAUCCAGGUCGAUACGAGCCAUUUGUGCCGCCGUCACCCAGUUCGCUCGGCAAACCCACUCCCGCAAAGACCUACACCCGGACCCGCAAAUGGCUCCGACGGCUCGGAUACCUUUCUCUGGCCACAGGCGUUGUCUAUGCCAUCGAUAACCAGUUCUACGCAUCGUCGCUCACACGAACAGCACGGACAUUCUCAGUGGGUCUGCUUGUUGCGCUCGAUUACAAAAUCAAUUUCGGCCCGAACCCGCCUUUCGCCAGCUCGAUUGCGGCGUUACAUGCCCGCAAUGCGGAACGGCUUUUUGACCUGCUACGGCACAAUGGCGGCCUGUAUCUGAAGAUCGGACAGGCGGUCGCCAUGCAGUCCGCGAUCCUGCCGCCGGAGUUCCAGAAGAUGUUCGCGCGGAUGUUUGACGAUGCGCCGCAGAAUGACUGGAAGGACGUGGAGCGGGUCAUCCGCGAGGACUUUGGCAAGUCGGCGGAGGAAGUCUUUGGGGUUUCCUUCUCUGGGGAUCAGAGCAAGGGAGUCUUGGAGCGCAAGGCCCGUGCGAGCGCGAGUGUAGCGCAGGUGCAUUGGGCGAAACUGGCGGACGGGCGUGAAGUGGCCAUCAAGAUCCAAAAAAGGGAGAUUGCGCAGCAGAUCCAGUGGGAUCUGUGGGCUUUUAAGGUCGUGACGGACGUUUAUUCCCGCACGUUUGAUAUACCGUUUUCGAGCCUGGUGCCUUACAUCACCGAACGCCUGUUCCUGGAGACGGAUUUCGAGAACGAAGCGAACAACUCCGAGACGAUGGCCGAACUGGUCGCCGGGGAGCCUCGCCUACGUGAUCGUGUCUACAUCCCCAAAAUCUACCGAGAGCUCAGCUCGAAGCGCGUGAUGACUGCCGAGUGGAUCGAGGGUGUCCGGUUGUGGGAUAAGGAAUCCAUCACCCGCCCCUGGCAGGGUGGCUGGCGUCAAGGUACCCCGGGAUGCCAUGGCACCCCGCUGGAUACCCCUCAGAUGGAAGAUCCAGUGGCCAAGGCGGCCCGGAACCCCAACCUGACCCACACCAAGCCGGAGCGCGAGCAAUGGCGCGGGUGGAACGGCAAAGGCGGCCUGGGCCUGUCAGUCAAGGACGUGAUGACGACCAUGGUCGACCUGUUCUCCGCGCAGAUGUUUCUUUGGGGAUGGUUGCACUGCGACCCUCACCCGGGCAACAUCUUCAUCCGCCGCAAGCCCUCGGGCCAGGCUGAGCUGGUGCUGAUCGACCACGGCCUCUACAUCCACAUGAACCCGAACUUCCGGCACCAGUACGCGCGCUUCUGGGAAGCGCUUCUGACCUUCGACAACCGCGCCCUCGGGGAGAUCGCCGCCAGCUGGGGCAUCAAGAACUCGGACAUGUUCGCCUCGUUCACGAUGAUGCGGCCCUACGGCGGCGGCGACCUCUCCACCCGCCGUCACUUCCAGGGUCUCAGCCGAACGGAGCGCGGCAAGCGUCACUACGAGGCGCAGCAGGCCGCGCGCAAGGCCAUCCGUGAAAUCCUCGCCGAUGAGCACAAGUGGCCCCAGGAACUCAUCUUCAUCGGUCGCAACCUGCGCAUCGUUCAGGGGAACAACCAGUUCCUCGGCUCGCCGGUCAACCGCAUCAAGAUCACGGGCAUCUGGGCGUCGCGUGCGCUCGCCGAGUCGCCGGACCUGCCCUGGUCGGACAAGAUCCAUAAUCUCGGCCGCUACCUCCUCUUCCGGGCGGUGUUGUUCAGCAGCGACGUGUUCUUCUACUUCACCAAGGUGCGGCAGCUCCUGCACCUGGGCGGUGGCAUGGAGGACGACAUUGAGAAGCAGAUGAAGGUGAUGGCCAAGGAUAUGGGUGUGGAGUUGAACCAGGGCGUUUUCGAGGGAUAG